AAACAGUCUUCCGCACAGUUCUUUUCAGUAACGUCCUGUAUUAAAACAGAUAAUAUGCUUGUAUAUUCUAGUUCUGUUUUGCAAGAACUUUAGCCUUCAGUGAAACAAAAAAUAUAGAAGGCCUCUACGUUUAAAAAAAAAAAUAUUAUCUUUCCUGAAGUGAAUUUCCGAUCUAUUAAAAAAGAAGCCUAUAACCAUAUAUGUAGAAAAGAAAUUCUGUGCCUUUAUAUCUUUUUACUAAAACUACCUUUUCUGGAUUUUUUUUAAUUGUACUGUAUAUAUGUAUACAAGUAUGUAAUUUUUUAAAUGCAUCAGCGAUAAAGGCAUUCGAUUUUGCGGAAAGUCAUGAAGGCAAACGAUUGAACUGUGUAAUAAACCGCAGAAGUCAAUUGAGUCUGGGAAACAGUGAUUAACGAAAAACUUGGAUUAAAUGAUAUGAAAUAUCAGCAUUUAUUUUAUUACAAUGAACAGUAACAACUUGCAGCAAUGGUGGGAAAAUACUUAUCGCCAUCAUCAGCUGAAACACGCUUUCAAUCCUCAAGAUAUGCAUGGUCUCCAGGUACCUCCACUCAUCGCAGAGGACCCUCGUCCGGAUAUGUUAAACCAGAUCGGUAGCAAUGAUAAUGACGCCUUUUUUAAUUACACUAUAACGAAUUCUCCAAAUGACAUAACUGACUUAGAAGAUAACCCCUUAUCUUCGGUUACGUUAUUAAUUAUGGUCAUACUAUUUGGACUAGUAGUAUUUGGUGGCGUAUUGGGUAAUGCAACAUUAUUGUUCACGCUUUGUUCGGCUUCAUCAGUGCGAUUGCGAAAUCCUCUUUUAUUAGCUGUUUGCCUUGCCGAUUUCUUAGUUACGGGCAUUUCCGCACCUAUGACUUUAUUAAAUGUGGCCCUGAAUCGUAAGACGAAUACUUUACCACUGAUAAUAUGCAAAGUAAUUCAUUAUGUGCAGAUAAUGCCAGUCGCUGCAAGUACAAUUUCUUUCUUCAUGCUUUCACUUGAUCGUUAUGCCACCGUAAAACACCCAUGUUUAUCACAAUUACGUCAGCGUCGUUAUUUGCAUGUUUCAUUAGCGGUAUUUUCUUGGAUCGCAUCAGCUGUUCUCAGCGCGCCAUUUCUGUAUACAUACAACAUAAUUGCGAAAAGUUCAAUAACAAAUCUCGAUGACAGCAAUCAAUAUGCAACAUCGGCUGAAAUUUUGCUAGGUACUAAUAAAAAUGCUAAACUGGAACCGUCUUUGCUUACCACUUCAGCUUUCCCAAACGUCAGAAUAAGCUGUACUUCCGAGCUCGGGUCCAGUACGUUUUUAAUUUCGUUUAUUAUUUGUCAUACCUUUGCCGUAUUUGUUAUACCCGGAUUUGGUGUGCUAUUAAACCAUUAUGGUGUACGUCAGAAAUUAUGUGCACUUUCGUUAACAGCGCGAGCCGCUCACGGUGAAUUACCACUUCCUAUGCCCAUACUCCGUAGACAAACUCACAUGGUUAUUGUAACUGGAAUUGCUAACGCUCAGCAGGCAGGCGGAUGUCCGGCCACCAAUGACACCUCUAAUGGACCUGAUAUACAAAUGCAAAACUUAAAUCCCGGUUCCAAUAUCGGAAAAAGUCAAAAUUUCAUCAAAUCCUCCAACCCAAUAUCACCAAGAGCAAUGCGUGAAGUUCGAGCACAUUCUCAACGUCAACGUAUUAACCAUAAAACAUGUUUGCAUGGUCCAGCUGCACCCGGUAUACCAUUGCCACGAACUUCAACUCUUCACUCAAGGAGACGCCUAGCCAACGUUCUCAUAGCAUCAGCAAUCAUAUUUAUUUUAUGUUGGGCGCCCCACGUCUUUUGCAUAUUUUACACAAGCUUUGGUUAUAAGCAUUAUUGCUCUAAGACUUCCAAGUACUUUCAUUUGCUACUAGGUUAUACGUAUUCUACCAUUAGUCCUCUUAUUUACUGGAUUCUCAACCACAACUCACUUAGGCAGUCUCCCUGUGCACCGAUUAUACGUCUCCGUUCCAUGCAAAGUUUCUUGCGAUCACGUUUUCGCGCCAAUACAGUACCGCCACCGCCAUCUUCUACCAAUGAAGCUGCUCUUGGCGCUUUUAAUCCAAAGUUGAUUAAACUUACCCCAAAACAAUACAGAGCUCAGGCAUCGUCUCAUUAUCUCUACUAGCUAGGGUAAUAUUUUUAAUUCAGUCUUUUGAAUUUGAAUCAUUGUCUGAAUUAUAUAUGUGUAUACCAAAAUACUAUUUGAAAAUUUACAGACGUACCCAGUAUAGGUACCUAAUUCAUUAGAUGUCAGUGUCAGUGCGGUACUGCACGAAUAUAUAUACCUCAAAAUAAUGCAGAAAGUCGCCUUUUUCAGCUGAAUUAUCGAACUACUAAGCUUUUAACAAUAUUAUUUUAUUCUAUAUUUAUAUUUACAAUAAAGCGAAACUUAAAUUGUGAAUAUAUGUAAAUAACGUUAUUAAUAUUAUAUAUUGUAUGCUCCUAUACUUCCAUUACGUAUACAAUCUACAUACCAUAUAUGUGUAUUCAUAAUUUUUUCGAUAUUUAUUUGUCAUAAUUUAAAACACAAAGUUGCUUUCUAAUAUUAUCUACACCUUUCUCCAAUAGUAAUAUUAUCUGAGUUUCUCUCUCACUAUGGUGAAAACUAAAGUCCAAAUGGUUUAUCUGUUUGGUGUCCUAGUAAUAAUAUAGUUAAUUACUUGUAUAUACAAAAAUAUCUAUUUUAUAAAUAUGGAUUAGAAUAUAUAUAUAAAUAUAGAUAAUACUAAUACUACUUUGAAGAAUUCGUAAUCAAACAUGUAAACUGUUAAUCAAAUAUGUACGUCACUUUAAGACGAAUUAAUUUUUUAAUUUAUGUAUGUAUAAGUAUUCCAAAUAUUAUAUUUAAAGAGAAGUUGUGUGAGUAAGUAUCCCUUGGAUUAAAUACUAUACAUAUUUUAUACAUUAACUACUUUAAGAAACACAUCCAUAUGAUGUUAUGUAUAAAAAUGAGUACAUACAUUAUAUAUCCGCGACAUCACAAACCAAUUUGAAUUUUUAUACUAUCCAUACAACGCGCAACUUAAAAUUUUUGUGUUUUUAUUAUCGGAAAUGAUUAUUUAUGUGAUAUAAUAUCGUUAAUAAAACCUCUAAACUUACCGAAUUAUGUGCAAUUUUAGUAAUAUUUCCGGUGAAAUCCUAAAAACUCAAUAAGUAAUUCAGCAAAUUUCAAACUUUUCACGAAACAAAUAUAAAACUUUGAUUUAAUCAAAUCAAAAAUAAUUGAAAAUACCUUUGUAAUAUGGGAAUGAGCGUGGUUGCUAUCAAUAGUUUAUAAGAGAUUAACUAAGUUUAGACAAUCCGUAAAAACAAACGUAGUUCACGUAUACUAGGAAUAAAGUGAGUAAAAAAUUAUCCAUCCUUCGCAUUUCGAAGUUUCAGAAUUCACUUUUUAGUAGUGUUGUUUAUUUAGUCCGCCAUCAGUUGUGAUCGAGUUGUAGAUACUCAAUACCUUUUAAAUUAAACUUACAAUUUUUUCCAUUAACACUUGCCCGAACAUCCGCAACUUCAGACAUUUGCCCUGACAGAUAAAUUCAAUGUAUGCUUUUGUAUGAGUAUCGAGGCGAAGCAAAGCAAAAUAUUGGGCAGCUUUCAUCUUUUUACGCUUUGCCAAGCAAUAGGCACCACUUUUAUUAGAGAGAAACACGAAAAGCAAAGCGUUUAUUCUUACAUACACUUUGCUUUCUUCGAUUUGUAAUUAAAGCAUGAAAUGUCAAGCAAAGCAAGGAAAUUUGUAUGUAAAUCGGUCAUAAGUCGAAUUAACUUAUGCAUGCUACCCUUAUAGCCAAUUCAUAUAGAACUUUUGCUUCGCUUUACGUCAAUCAUAUGUUUUACCAGAAAAGUUCGAUGUACGCUUUUGUAUGAAUACGUUCACAUAAAAAGUUUUCGACGCGAAGCCAAGCAAAAUUCAACAACGAGCCUCUCAUCUUUUUACGCUUUGCCAACGGAACUGUCGCCAUUUUUAUAAGACAGAUAUACUGAAAGCAAAGCGUUCAUUGUGGCAUACCCUUUAUUUUUUACGCUUCUUGUUUAAGUAUAAACUGUCAUGUAAAGCAAUUAAAGUUGAAUGUGAAUGGGCCGGUAGAUCAACGUAUUCGAGUGCGAUGCGAGCCGAAGAGCGCGGGCAGCUCAAAUUUAAAAAUACCAAUAAAAUGGACAUGGCAAAAGUGCAAGGAGGAUAAAAUGUUGUAUUAUUAUGGUAUAUCAAAUAUAUCAAAAAAAAUUUACGUUAAUAAUAUCUGCUUUUAGAGCAUACUAAAAUAAUUUUGCAUUGAAUACUUACUUUCUUUGACAAAACUUAUUAUCAAGCAUCAAAAAUUUGUGAAUUCGUAAUCAGUUGAAUUAAAAAAAUAAUAGAUUUUAUACUUUUACAUAUGAGAAAAUUAUUAUUUUUAGUGGUAGAAAAACACGUUUUCAUUUACUCAAUAAGGUUAAUUACUGUGGUCUUUGACUACUUAUGCUAUAAUGUUAGCACUCAAAAUUGACAUUAUUACUUCCCGUUUCUUUCACAAACGCCUUUUUAAGGUUUAAAUUGAAAUAUUCUUUAUUUUUUUUUUUAUUGAAUGUUUCACAAGUUUUUUAUUGAUUUAACACUUUUUUGAUAAAAAUUAAUACUACGAUUUUAAACUCAGAAAGUUUUGACGGUUGGUAGGGGAGAUAGCGAUUUCAUACAUUUACGUUGCGCAAAGAGAUCGGAAUUAAUUCGAAUGUGUUGAAUUGAAGAUCCAAUCCCUCUUUUUGUUGAUUGUGUGGGGUGUCAUCGUGUAUGGUGGUAACUUCUGUGCUGACAUCGUGUGCAGUGUGGUCGUUUAUGUUGUGAGUGCGUGUUGUGUUCCAAGGUGUGGUGUGUUGUAUUAGGGUGUGACAUUAUUUACCCUGAAGAAGCGGUGUAGUUGGAAGGGGAGUUUAUAGUCAUUUAAACAGUCUUCUACAUUUUUAAAAUUGGUUACUUCAGAAAAUGGAGUUUUUAGAAAAUAAAUGUAAACACAUUUACAUAUUAAAGUUGAAAAUUAGAUUUUAUAAUUUGUAUAUUGAAAACAUAUUUUGUUCCAAAAUUCAAAAGAUAUCAUACAUUUUCCCAUAUAUUUCCAUUCUCACAUACAUACCUUUAAAUGAUUGUUCAACCAAUAUUUCUGCCAAAUUGACUUCCCGUUCGAGAUAUCGCUUUGAAAUUUUGCACACGUUCUUUUCUCAUCAAGAAGAUGCUCAUUCGGAACCGCUAAUAUCGGACCACUACAGCUUACUGCUGCUAUAAAAACUGAACGAUCAAAAUCGAGUCCUUGCAUGGAAUGACGAGAUAUCUUCACGAAUUUUUGGAAUGGAUUAUUGACCAAAGCAACGGUACAAUAUCCGAAGAAAUUGUUCAGCUCAGACCACACUGAACAAUCAAAUGAAGUCCUUGUAUGGAAAACUUUUUUAUUAUACCAGAAAUUUGACAUAGAAUAUUAUCCAAGACUACAAUCUCCGAAUGAAAAUUUCAGAUCAGACCAUUAUAGCACAUACAUAAGUGCAAUACAAAUUGAACGAUCAAAAUCAAGUUCUUGUGUGGAAACUUUUUAUUUGUGAAGAUAUGAAUAUGAAUUCGCUAAAUAUUUUAAAUGGAAGCUAUUUUAUAUUUCAUAUUUUAUUUGGUUAUGCAUGUUUCCAAUUUAAUAAUUUAUCAAAAUGUAUCUCCAAUAAACUGCUGCUUUUUUAAACACAUUUUAAAAAUGAUUUAUUCAACUAAUAUCUACACAUUUCCAUAAUUGUUUGUUGUGAAAUAUUUCUUAUGAAUUUAAAAUGUUUGCUAAUGUUGACCGACUUCGAAAACGGCAAUUGCAAUGUAUAAGAACAAAGUUUUAUGUUCUGUAAUGCAUCCGAAAUAUUUUUGACAUUGCAUCAUGUUUUGAAAUGUCAAAAAGUUGAUGCUUUUUAACAUUUCCAUAUGCAACGAUGACGAAGUGAGAUUGUAAAGCUUAUUAUUAGUUUUUUUUUAUUAAUUUAUACUAAAUUUGCAUUAAAUUCAGAGAUUAUGGCAAAUAAUGUACUUAUGAUGGAAAGAAUAUAAUAUAUUGUUCUGAUAUAUUUUAAUGAUGUUGAGGCUGUGUUUUCGAUGAAACGGGAGAAAUUAUUUAUAAUUAAAUUAUUUGGUUUUAAUUUUAACAUAUUUCUUCAUUAUACGCUCGCAAGAACAAAACAGCUUAUUCCGAAAGUAAAUUUUGCUGUAAAACUGUUCAAAGGUCAAAUUAUACUGCGUUCACAAGGGGACUCUUUUGCCGCUCAUUAUCGGCAAAUUCUCUUUUGGUAUCACUCUGGGCGUUCACACUAGCGAAAAGAGUCCAGCAACUCGAGUCGAGUUUUUCUGUCAUUCCUUUUCAUAAAAUUUUCGCAAAUGUUUAUUCGGUUCGGCUACGCGACACAGCGUAUGUUUGUAUGUUGGUCUCACAUUUUGCUU